AAUCUUUCUCUUUCUCUUUCUCUAUUUUAUUACUUUUCCUCAUUUCUUUUUCUUUUCUUUGUAGAUGCCUAAUGCAAAGUAAAAGCUUCAUUUUCCUCUCUCAUAUCAUAUGCAUGGACAUUAGUAUAAAUGUUGUGGCUUCAAUAUGCACAAGUAGGGGUUGAGCAGUUGAGCACCAAACUUAAACCCAAGGUCCAGCACUGCAUUCAUUGCAUUUGCAGAACACCUCUCUCUCUCUCUCUCUCUCUCUUCCCUCCAAAAAAAGAAACUUCUCUCACUAACUGCCCUGCCUUUGCUUCUACAAGCAGCUCCAAAACAUAACUUCUCGAUCUUCUUUCUUACUUGUUCAAAACUCUUAUGUGGGUCUACUGCUUAGUGCUUAGUACUCGAAAACAUAUUCUGCACUUUCAUUUUGCUCUGACACAAACUCAUUUUUUGCCACUAAAAAAUCUUAAUACACAAGCAUAAAAUUUAUACUAUGCUCAAAAUACAUUCCUUUUUUGCUUAGUUCUAAAGCGUCAAGGGAAAAUGCUAUAUAUAUAUAUUUCCUUCUAAGUAUAGUAAGUGUCCAUAAGUGAGCAAAGUGUUAAGCUUCUUGUUUGUUCAUUUACCAAGAACAACAAGUGCUUUCUUUGCUGAAAAUAGAUAGAUCAUGGAUAAGUUUUCGACGUUUCAGGGUGGAAAUGUUGAUGUUACAAACCAAAUUGAGUUGUUUUGGGUACAAGCUAAAGCCCCUCUUUUGGUUCCUCUCCUUAAGUUAUUCGUGACACUUUGUUUAGGUAUGUCUAUAAUGUUAUUCGUGGAGCGAGUUUAUAUGGGGUUUGUUAUACUCUUGGUGAAGAUCUUUGGGCGUAAGCCUGAGAAGAAGUAUAAUUGGGAACCAUUGAAAGAUGAUUUGGAGAUUGGCAACUCUACUUAUCCUAUGGUUCUUGUUCAAAUUCCCAUGUAUAAUGAAAAAGAGGUAUAUCAACUAUCCAUAGGAGCAGCAUGCGGACUUUCAUGGCCAUCAGAUCGCAUUGUAGUCCAAGUGUUGGAUGAUUCAACUGAUCCGGUUACUAAGAAUCUGGUGGAAAUGGAAUGCCACCGAUGGGCAAGCAAAGGUAUCAACAUAAAAUAUGAGAUAAGAGACAAUAGAAAUGGGUACAAAGCAGGGGCACUAAAGGAAGGAAUGAAGCAUAGUUAUGUUAAGGAGUGUGAUUUUGUUGCUAUUUUCGAUGCGGAUUUCCAACCUGAGCCCGACUUUCUUUGGCGUACUAUCCCAUUUCUUGUCCAUAACCCGCAGAUUGCUCUUGUUCAAGCUCGUUGGAAGUUUGUGAAUGCGGAUGAAUGCUUGAUGACGAGGAUGCAAGAAAUGUCCUUAGAUUACCAUUUCACAGUGGAGCAAGAAGUAGGAUCUUCAACCUAUGCUUUCUUUGGAUUUAAUGGGACAGCUGGUGUAUGGAGGAUAUCAGCAAUCAAUGAAGCUGGUGGGUGGAAAGACCGAACUACGGUGGAGGAUAUGGACUUAGCUGUGCGGGCCAGUCUCAAGGGUUGGAAAUUUGUUUAUGUGGGUGAGCUUAAGGUGAAAAAUGAGCUUCCAAGUACGUUCAAAGCCUACCGUUAUCAGCAACAUAGAUGGUCGUGUGGCCCUGCCAAUUUGUUUAGAAAGAUGGUAAACGAAAUCAUUAAGAAUAAGAAAGUAUCAAUUUGGAAGAAGGUUCAUGUGAUCUAUAGCUUCUUCUUUGUAAGGAAAAUAGUGGCUCACGUUGUUACCUUCAUCUUCUAUUGCGUUGUACUACCAACGACAGUUUUGGUCCCCGAAGUAGAAGUGCCCAAAUGGGGAGCUAUUUAUAUUCCAAUGAUUAUUACUCUCCUCAAUGCGGUUGGAACUCCAAGGUCUCUACAUCUAGUUGUGUUUUGGAUCUUAUUCGAGAAUGUCAUGUCACUGCAUCGAACUAAGGCGACAUUUAUUGGCCUCCUAGAAGCUGGACGGGUCAACGAAUGGGUUGUUACAGAGAAAUUGGGAGAUGCACUAAAGAACAAAUUUGAUACCAAAUCAUUCAAAAAACCUCGCAGCAGAAUUAUAGAUAAAAUCUAUAUGCUGGAGCUUGUGGUGGGUGCAUAUCUCUUUUUCUGUGGCUGUUAUGAUAUCGCCUUGGGAAAAAACCACUACUUCAUUUAUCUCUUCCUUCAGUCCUUUGCAUUCUUCAUCGCUGGAUUUGGCUAUGUUGGCAUCAUUGUCCCAACUUCAUAGAAACACUAACUUUAUCAACGUAGUAAAUUUAUCAUAUGAAAUAUAAAUGGCAUUCGCUCUUCUUUUUAUUCUUUUUUUUUGUAUAAUCUAUGUCCUAUUGUCUCUCUAUCUCCAGAUUGUGGGGCAAUAUAGGAAUUGUUCCUUUUGUUUUAUUUCUUUUUUGUUUUUGGGUUUUCAACAAUGUUUUGGUUAAAUUUCAUCAGCCGUUGUAACUUAUAUAUAGAUAUUUUGUGAUUCUUUUUAAUUGAAUAUAAACAAUCAAGACACUAAUGUCUUAUUGAUUGAAUUUCUGUUA